UGAAGGCCCCCAAAAAUGGGUGCUUUUGGUGAGCUCAUAGAUGCAAUUCUCUUCCUGUUCUUCACUGUAAUUGCAGUAGCGGCUUCAUUGAUCGGCUCGCAGACAUGUCUACCUCCAAGUCUCUUCCCCAACUUCCUGGUUGACCUGAAGAACUGGUGUGCCACAGAGUUUGGCGAUUAUCUUAUUAACCAGAAGCCUCACUUUGUUGUUGGGAUCUUUUGGCUUGAACUUGUGUUUCAAUGGCCUCUUGCGCUUCUCAAUAUAUGCGGUUUUGAUUGCCAAAUCUUGGUUCAAACCACCUGCUUAAUGUACGGCGUCUCUGUUAUAUCUACCAUGGUACCUAUGUUAUCAGAACUGGUAUGGUCAGGCAAGGCGUCGGAUAAGCUGUUAACGAUGUAUUUUCCUUUCAUGGGAUUAGGUGUUUUGGCCACACUGCGUGGGUUGCUGCUACCACACUUUGCCAAGACUAUACCAACCGAUGGCAAGAAACCUUCAUUGGCUAGAAAAAAGAGGGCUUGAUAGUUUGAUUCAAAUCCAAUUUCAUAUGUAUAUGUCUAGAAGCACUUAAUUUGUAUCAUACAGUUCCAUUAUUCUUUGUGAUUCUCAAGUUAAAAGCUUAAUUAUUAUUAUUAGUAUUAUCAUUAUCAUUA